UCUACCAAUCAGGAUGCCGUUUUGCAUCACAUGACAACUCGCCGCCAAGCUUGAGAAAGAACAUUUUUAUUUUGGCAAUUUGGGGUUUAAUUUUUCGAGGUAAACCUAUAAUUUUUCUAGGCUACAGAUGGAUCACCAACCACCAGUAAAUAGCAGUACUGAGGAGCUGACAGAUGCUCAACACAAUUUUGAAAAAAGGUUCAGUUGUCCAGUUUGCCUGGACCCCAAACUGAAAAUGGUGGUGUCAAGUUGUCAACACAGGACCUGUUCUGACUGCUUAUAUGACCAAACAGACAAGCUGCGUGUGGCCAUGAAGAAGUGUCCCACCUGCCAACGGGAGAACGCCUAUCCUGAAGACAGACCAGACAUACCCGAAGACAAUAUCCUGAUUCAGAGACAGCUGGGAGUGACCGAGUGUCCACUAGAUGGCUGUAAGGCAGGGCUGUGGAUGUGGGACGUUGAGAAGCACAUUGAAUCUUGUCCCCACGCUGUAGUCUCACCAAAACCCAAAGGGGGCAAGAAGCGGGCACUAAAAGCGGAUGAAAGCACCGACACGCCACCAGCUGCAAAACAACGGAAGAAAGCCGAGUCGGUACCUAGGACUCGUUCCAGAGCACCGAAUGAGGGCACAACACCACCCGUCAGAGUGACUCGUAGCAAUAGUUCCAAUGCAGGGCAGGCCCAACAGCUCAACAGAUACCCACUGAGGACCACUUACCAACGCAGAGCUCUGAGCGACUACAACCAACAGUGUCCCAACAAUUACUUCAGUCAGUACCCCCGAUACAUGGACCACUACUCCAGUCACAAUUUCCGGAGCCAGGUUUGCGUGGCCAGUUGGAGUGGCCCUGCGUAUGAUCAUCCUCGAAAUGGGAACUGGGUCAGAUACUGAAUUGAUUCUUUCCUGUGCCUGUUAGGAGCUAAGUAGCUUUGCAAAUAAACCAAAAAAAGGAUAAUUCUACUGCAAAGUAUUGAUUUCAAAAUCCACAAUGGGAUUAGUCUGCCCUUUGAUAUAAUUGUAAAGUUUCAUUAAUUGCAUUCUAUUAAUUGCUUUUCAUUUAUUUAGGUCUAAAGAGACGCCCAGAACUUGUGCUCACAAUGUGUAUUUUGGAAUGACAUGAAUGAGAAGCAGUGGCUUCUUUCGCUAUUGAAGAAAUACUUCAAGAAAUAGCCCUCGACCUGUAAGAAUUGCAUGAAAAAUGUUUCCAAUUAAAUGGAUCAGUGUGUGUGAGAUAUUCAUGCUUAUUUAGACCUGUAGAAAUCUGGUCACCAAGUGUAUAAUUGUACAGUGAGUUUAUUUAGUGUGGUGCCACUAGUUAUAUCGCAUAUGAAGGCAUGUACGCACCACUGGUUCGGACACUUUCUAUAAAACCAAGGCUGCUGGCAGUUUUGUUGGAAAAUCAAAUUGUGAACGACUUUCAUGGCAAGACUUCCAUAUAGGAGCCCCUGUUAUAUUGUACAUUGUUAUAUUGUAAAUAAUUGUAAUUCUCUUGGUUUAUGAGGCGCUGGAACCAACUGUUAUUGAUGUCCUGGUCUAUGUGUUUUUGUUGGAAGGUCUAUUAGAUUUCUAACUAGAGCGUCGUUUCCAAAUCAACAUGGUCUUGGCCUUGAAGAUGACGGGUCCGGUCAUAGAACUGUAAAUAGAACUGUAAUUUAAAUCAAAUAUUUGCAGAAUUUAUGUCAAUUCUGAUGCUUUCUGAAAUCUAUUCAGUCGUGCAUUUGUUGAGUUUUCGACUUAAAUAUCUCGCACUUUAAAUGCCAUUAGACUGAUGGUGCUCAGAAUGCUGUUGUGGCAAAACAAAAACAAAAAAAUUCAAGGGAAAAAAAGUAUCUUUUCUUUCUGUGUAAAUAAACCAGUGUGAUAAGAAACCUAAUGCGAGGUCAUGUGACCCAGGCAUGUAUUCUUUACCAGUUCUCAUUCAUAACCUCCACCAUGGAAGUGAUUUUUCAUCGGCGUUGGUUUGUUUGUUGGUUGGUUUGUCUGUUAACAAGGUAACUCCAAAAGUUAUGGACGGGUUUUUGUGAAUUUUUUUUUUUUUAGGGGUGGUCCUUGUACAAGUAUAAAUCGAUUAGAUUUUGGAAGUGAUCUGGGUCUGGGUCUUGAUUUUUUUUAAAGGAUUCUUCACCAUUGGGAGAUAGGGCCAGAUUCAACAAUUUUGCUCCACAUUAAAACCUUGAAGCCGGGAUUAUUAUGCCGCACUUUACCGGCUUAUACGCAUGAC